AUGAAAAGAAUUAUAAGUGAAGAUUUAUCCUAUUCAAAACGUCCACAGUUCCAAACUACGAGCAAUCCCCACAUGUUUGAAAAGUUCAAUCGGAGUAGUGACAGCGGAAUUUCAAUCUCUUCGCGGUCUUCUAAACCAUCUACUCUUAGCUACAGCGAACAUGUCGCCCAGCGGAUGUCAAACCAAAGCGAUGCUAUUUCAACCUCUAAAUCAGUUUCUAUAUCUUCUUUCCCACUUGACAAAACAAAAAAUAUGGCCCAUUUUGAUCGUAGUUCAGUACUCACUGAAAUGCAAUCUAUCGCGCAACGCAUACAUCGGUGUUGGAGAAAAUAUGAGAUCUUGAAAGCUGGCGUGUACAUAACAAUUGGUGCAACGUUUACCCAUUUUAUUCUAAAACCGGAAGUUCCAAAAAUUUCAUUCUCACAGCCUGUAAAUGCAGCUGAAAUAAUUUACCCUUCUCUUGUCGGCGCCCCAAACCUCCCAAUAAACAAUGAAGCUUUUCAUACUUUGGGAAUGCCAUCAUCAAGUCAUCUUCGUGUUUUUGACGGCUAUAUAUGUGUUUAUGAUCGUCGCAACAGAAUUCCAUAUUGGGUAAUGGAGCAUUUAAACCCUGCUAAACUAGAUCAAGUUGAUAUUGAUAAGGCUGGAGUAGAUCGUAAGGAUUUCGAUUUUUAUGAAGAUCUUGGUGAAAUUGAAAUGUUCCGUUCUACUAACAAAGAUUAUUUGAACUCUGGGUAUGAUCGUGGUCAUCUGGCCGCUGCAGGAAAUCAUCGCCUCAGCCAUUCAGCUAUGGGACAAACUUUUAUAUUGAGCAACAUUGCACCUCAAGUUGGGUAUGGUUUCAAUCGGCAUGGUUGGAAUAGCCUAGAGAAGUAUAUACGUGCGGUUGCAAGAAAGUCACACAAUAUGGUUGUUAUUACAGGACCAUUAUUUCUACCCCAAAGUGUAAAUGGCAAGAAAAUUGUGACUUAUGAAGUAAUUGGUAACAAUAAUAUUGCAGUUCCAACUCAUUUCUUCAAAGUGGCAGCUAUUCAAAAUAAACCAAAUGGAGAAUGGCAUCAAGUAGCUUGGGUAAUGCCCAACAUUCGUUUACCUGAACAAAUUAAAGUGGAUGGUUUUAGAGUUCCUGUUGAAAGUGUUGAAAGUGCCUCAGGCUGGAAAUUUUUCCCUAAACUUAAGUCUUAG